AUGCCACCCGUCGUUGGAUCACAUGAUCAUCACCAGCACGAGGGGAAAGAUGAGAGUCCAAGGAACGGCAAUCAUCAGCAUGGGAGAAGAAGAGCCCCUGGUCAGCCACUCCGACGAGGCGAUGCUUGUUUGAUGUGUCGAGCGAAGAAACUUAGAUGCUCCGCCCAGAAACCUGUGUGUGAUCAAUGUGCCAAGCGCAAAGAUCGAUGUGUCUACGAUGCUGUACGUCCUGCUUCGAGGGUUGAGAAGCUCGAGAAGAAGCUUGCUGAGAUGGACGCUGAGGACUUCCGUGAAGCAAUGAGACGAACCGCUUUUAAAAACUACGGUCGAUCAGACUUUGAGAAUUUAGCUGAAUCAUUGGCUUCACCUCCCUCAAGCAAUACGAUUGGUCAAGAUAAUGGUAUACCCAACUUCUCAGGGUUCAACUUGAUUGGAUCAUCCCAAUCAUCUCAUUCCAAAGAUCCAAAUGGUCAAGCUGAGACUCUCAGCCCGACCUCUUUUGACCAGAUGCUCAAUCACGACUCUGAACUCCUUGUCGAUAUCAAUGAUAUGCCAUUAUCUGCUUGGCCGUGGCCUCAAUCGGGAACGAGCUCAAUUCUCAACUUCAAUCAUAACGGUCACCAAACGAUGUUUCAACCUAGUCAGCUACAACAAACUCGUUUGCCUGAUAGUACUCUUCCUUGGCAUCUGAUCGGAUCGUCGAACAACUUGUCUUUCACCAAUCCAUCUGAUUCGCCUCCUAUCAAUGGACUGUUUGAUUUCUCCGAUCCCUCUACAGCCAACGGGUCUGCAGCGUCCUCUCGAGCCCAAUCGCACGAUUCGACAUCUUCGCCUACUCCACCACACUUCCUCAAGUCCAAUACCUCUCCACCCGUUAGGGGACUCAAUAAUCUAAAUAUCAAUCUACGCAAUGGACAUGACAGCUCUGUAGCAAUUGACGGUCUAUCAACUGUCAUACCACAUGCAAUGUUACCUGCUCACGAUCACAUUCAGUCAGGCGUGCUCUCCAACCAUGGUCUGGGUAUAAGUCUUCCAAAUGGAUUUGGCUCCAACUUUGGAACUUCUUUACCUGAAAGUCAGGAAAUCACACCAGCUUCCGAAGUUAUUCGCAGUGUGUUGCAAGUCAAGAGAGCUGUUACGGCUGAGAACAAAUCUAUCAGAGCUAAAGAAUUGAGCGAUGGAGCCAGAGAUUACCUACUCGACUUAUUCUUCAGUACAGAUCCACCAAGGCCAUUGUACGGAUCUGAAUUUUUCACGGAAGAAGAGUUUAGAUCGAGAUUGGCAUUACAGGGAGAAGAUAGACCUCAUCCUUCUCUGGUGUUUUCCAUGUGCACCAUAGCCGCCUCUGAAUCCUACGUACCAAGUAUCCGAAAACUUGCAGAACCCCUGUUCAAGAUCGCCACUUCCAAACUGGAGAUUGCCAUACGGCAGGAAGAUAGAUUGAUUUCCGCUAUAAGAGCAAGCAAGAAUCUGUCAAAAUGGUUGUUCGCCCAAGGUCGAGUAUUUGAAGGGUAUCAGUACUCCUGCAAAACUAUCUCAUUAUGUAUAGCUUGCGGAUUACAUCAGAUACCAUCUUCAAUCUUCACUCGGGCACCGGAAUCACAGAUGGCUCAAGAUGAAAAAGCUAGAUAUUUACUUGAGCCACCUAAAAGCCAAGGGGAAUUGGCUGAGAGGAUACACGCUUUCUGGUCAGCUUGGGGUAAUGAUAAAGGUGGAUGUCUUACUCAUCAUUGGUCAUCGACUAUAAGGGAUGAGGAGAUCAUCACCCCGCUUCCCAGACCCAGCGAAGACUUCUUGUCGGAUGCAUUGCUCAAAGAACCUGAUAUGACGUUAAGAGAUCUAUAUGAUCUGGCCUACAGGGACAACGCAUCUCCUCCUAAGUCUAUAUAUGGCUAUAUCCUAGCUGCCGAGCAUCUUAUCUACCGAGCCAUGAAUAUUCUGUCUCAACCACCCGAAGCUAUGUUGUCGUCCUACAGAUCUCUGGGUCUAUUUGGCCAAUCGCAGGUAUGGACACCACGCGAGCAUUACCCUACAGCUUACAAGGAGAUAAUGGAGACUUCCCUAUGGCUCGAGGAGAAGAUACCUGAAGACUGGAGGAUGAAGUUUUUGAUUACUGGUAAAUGGGGUGAACCCGAUAUUCCUAUCGUUGCCCUAUGCUUGAAAACCGCUCGAAUGCAUUUACACCCUCUCGAAUCAGACUUCGAUCGACCCAUCGGACUUUGCUUGGCAUUCGAUUCAGCUCAAUUGAUCAAAACUUUACAAGUUUACUAUAAGAACGUGGUCACUUCUCCCGAUCCUACUUCGCCAACUCAACCCUGUACACUCAACCAAACGAAUACUGGACAUUCGACGUUCUCAGGGAUAAAUAACCAGAUACCUGAUAGUAAGGAUAAUUCAAGGAAUAGAGGUGGGAUUAGCGGACCGUAUGGGAUGAGUCCAUGCUAUGGAGUUGUUCAAAAGUUGGUAGAGGGGUCGAUAAUCUUGGAGAAAAUAGGUCAAAUGGAAGAAUCGAGGAAAUGCAUGCAGGAAGUAACAAUUUUGUUGGAUGGGUUUAGAGGGUUGGCCGUUCAUUGUAAGAUUAUUGCUGCGUAUGUUGAGAGAUUGGAAAAGCUCUUACCGAACUGA